CUCUCCUUCCGCAGCCAUUUGCACAUCUUGCUUUUCAUCCACAAAUAUUCCCAUUCCUAUUAUAGCAAAAUGGAAGGAGAGUCCAGCGAUAUAAUGAACGAGGUUGAUGAACUCCUACGGAAACUGGACAACCUCCCAGAUGGCGUGCGACUUCAGGCUCUUAAACGACUCUCGGAGAAGAUUGUCAAAAAUGAACCGGUCAGAGAGAAUGACCCUGACACACCCCCAGGGGAACAGGGUCCCAGGGAAAAGGAGAAAGUGGAAGGGAAGGAAAUGACGGCAAAGGCAGUAAAUGGGAAAAAAACACAGCUGACUGACGAGUCCAAGAAAACAGGCAAGAGGAAAGAGAGAACGUCAUCUGAAGUUGUUAUUUUGCCAGGAAGGAGACAGACUAAGAAAGUAGACUACAGACAGUUGUCUGAAUAUGGCUUAGAUGACAAGACACCUGAGGAUGAUUCUGAUCAGGUGGAAAGCAGACAGCAGGACUCAUUGCCUGUAAAACGAGGUAGGGGACGACCUAGAAAACACCCCCCUCUGGGUCCACGUCUCCCCCCUUUAACCAACUCUGGGUUCGAGCUCACAUCCUCGGUGGUUUCGACAGCACAGAGAACAUGCGAUGAAGCAGUUGGUUCUGUUGGUCCCAUCGCCUCUGUUAGUGGUUCUGUUGAGUCUACACUUUCAGAUGAGUCGAAGGAUGAUAAACCAAAUGCUGGGUUGAAUUUGCAGUGUGAGAAUGGUCAUAAUGCCCUAGACCUCCUUGAAAGCUGUCUGAAGGAGAGUGGGAUAAAAGCAGGUGAUGCAGAAAAACAUGUUAGGAGACUCGUGGAACAUGAGAAAAAGGAGAAGAUGCUAAAAGCUUUAGGCUUCCUGAAAGUGGAGGUAGAGGAGGAAGAGGAUGGGGAUGAAAUCAAAGAGAAGGAAAAAGUUUAUGUGUGCGACUCACUGGAAUCUAUAAACAAAGUUCCGCGGAAGAAAACCAUAAAAGCACCACAUAAAUGUGAGAUCUGUGGAAAGAUGUACUCCACUUUAUCAAUAUUAAAAGCACACCAAGUCCGCCACAGAAAAAAAGAGGACCUCCCAUUUGCUUGCGAAAAUUGCGACUUCCGUGCGGCAUCGAAAAUUGAGCUUUUUAGACACGCAUAUAAACACACCAGCAAGCAAAUGUACAUUUGUGAAAUUUGUGGGAGCACUUUCUCUAGGGACACCUGUCUGCGAGAGCAUAUUGAGUAUGUGCAUGUAAAGGCUAACAAGUUAAAAUGUGCACAGUGUGAUUUUGUGACUUGCCGACGUGCUUCGAUGCGCAACCACAUACUCACCCACCAAGGAACACGACCUGUGAUUGCCUGCCCAGUGUGUGGAGUGACUUUCAAACUGAAGUCUAACUUGAAGUCACAUCUCCUUUCACAUACAAGGGCCAAGCCGUUUACCUGUGAUGAGUGUGGCAAGAAAUUUAUCAUGCGUAAUCGGCUAAUGGCGCACAAACUCCAAGUCCACGGACCACGGCAGUAUGCUUGUCCCCACUGCACAAAGAGAUUUCCAACAGUACACCACCUCCAGAGACAUGUCAGAAUCCACACGGGAGAAAAGCCGUACACGUGCUGUUAUUGUGCCUUUUCCUGUAAUACGCAAGGGAAUCUUAUCAAGCACAUUAGACAUGUCCAUGACAAGAUUAACUUCACGUAUAAAGACUUCUUACGAGAGAGUGGCAAAGAAAAGGAGGAGCAGAAAGUGGACGACGUAGAAUACGAGAAAAUCACCAAAGUAGGGGAGGAACUGGCGCAGAGGCUGUUGCCGACCUUAGAGGAAUGGACAGGGCAAGAGUUGACAGUGGAUCAGUUGAAGGAACAGCUGCAGAAGGAGAAGAAUUCCAAGGUGGCAGCAUUGCAAGAGCAGCAAGCAAGGCGAAAGAGGCGAGCCCUUAGGAAGGCCGGCAGCAGCACCAGCACCAGCAGUGCCUCCUCCAAGACAUCCUCUUACUUUGCGGACGCGCAGGGCAAGAUCACCCUGUACAGUAUGCCAAACUUGGAGGAGAAUUCCCCCAUGGAAGACCCCAUAGAGGAUCCUAUGGUGGUGGAGAAUGGCCUGGGGGGAUUCGGGGACAACCAGUGCUGGCUGACGCACACGGAUGAGAAUGGAUGCGUGAUGCUGAUUCCAUGGGAUGCCUCGCUGUUGGGGGACAGCGAGGAGGGUGAGGAGGAGGGAGAGUGGACGCAAGCUGAUAAGAUCAUCAAGGGUUCUGCCAAUGGCACGGGAACCAACAUCCUCACUGUAAAGGUCCCUGUCGAGGAGAUGAAAAUCUCAAAUAUCCCAGAGUCUAAAGGAGGGGCAGAUGCUGACCCUCCUUUGGGAGUUGGGAAGAGCAGUGAUAAAUGCAUAAGUGAUAUCCAAAGCUCAGAUGACAUUGUACAGGUGAGAGAUUUAAGUGAAAUGGUUGGCAGACUGGAUGGCUUGGAUGUAAAAAUCACCAUAGGGUCUACUGUAAAUGGAAACCUCUCAUCGCAGAAGAAGGUUGGAGGAAAGCCGUUGCCUGAGUCCAUCCAGGUCAUUGCCUCCAAUGAGCCUGUGGAUGACACAGUGCCAAAUGCCUCAAACUUUGUGCUUCCAGAAGGAUAUAUUGUUGAUGAUGAUGGGCAGGUAAUCCAGUUCACAGACAAUGUUCUAGACCCAAACCUUCUCCUUCGGCCUGUUGGGCAGGUCAUAGGAGGGGCACAUGAGCCAGAGGUCACCAUAAAUAAGAUCUCUAGCAAUGUGUAUUCCCUCAUGAGCCAGGGGACUGAUGGUGAAGAGGGAGAAACCUUUGUGAUCACAACUCAAGAAGGUGAAGAAGACGAAGAAGAGGAAGAUGAAGAAGAGGAAGAACGGGAAGCCAGAGAACCAGACCUACAAGCGAAGUGUCUUGGCCAGGUCACAAAACAUCUGGACAGUCCUGUUGGCAAAGUUGACCUUCUCCCAGCUGAGGAUGAGGAUGAGGAGAGGCAGUCAGCUCUGGUGCUCAUUGUCAAUGCAGAAGACCUAGAGAACACUGGAUGAGUUCAAGCCAUAAUUCUUUAGGCUAAUAUAGUUUUGAAACAUGAGACUUGUUAUCCCUGCAGGAGACUAGUCAAAAAAAUAAUAGGAAAAUAAAAUAUAUAUCUAUGAAGUCUUUCAAAAGAAUGAGCAAGUAUUCUAGGUUUCAGUGGAAUACAAGAUUUUUAUUUUCAUUGUUGAUGUACAGAAUAUGACCUCAAGACAGCACACUUUGUGCACCAGCAAUCACAAGUAAUCCAGUUAAUUUUUACAAGAAGAAUAGUUUUUCAGUCAACAUAUCAGUGAUCCCCAUCAACUGUAUGGAAAAAAAAAAGUUUUUUUUAUGUAUUCAUAUAGUUUGGAUUGAUAUUAGGUUUGAUCUGCAAAUUGUUCAUUUACAGAUUUUUUAAAUUAAUUAUCAUGAAUUUAAAGUACUGUAUUUUCAGAUUGAUAAUAUCAAAGACGGAAUUACAGUGAAAGGGAUUAUUUAUAGGGACUAAGGGAUAAUUAAGUCAGCAGUGAUCUGUGAUAUAAAACGACUAUUGUUGAUUUCAAUUAAUUUUCAUUUAUUUCCCUAAUAUAUUGUGAUCUAAUAGAUUACACUUUAUAAGAUGAACAAAAGAUUUUUAAAAUAAACAUUUGAAAUGGA